AUGCCAAAGAUCUCGCCGAUCAAGCAGCUCGCCGACGCUCACGAUGACGGAAUCUGGGCCGCCGCGUGGGCGCCGCCGACGGACGCGCGGCCACAGGCGGUGCUGCUGACGGGAUCCGUCGACGAGUCGGUGCGCGUGUGGGCCGGCGACGAUCUGACGGCCGCGCGAACCAACAGCGGCCACACGCUAGGCGUGGUCGCCAUAGCGGCCUGUCCAACCACCUCACGAGCAGCGUCCUCCUCGCUGGACUGCUUCGUGCGUGUGUUUGACGUUGACUCCAACGCCACCAUUGCCACCCUCGAAGCCCCCCCUGCUGAGACAUGGCACCUGGCCUUCCACCCGCAGGGCAGUUUUCUCGCUGUGGCGGGUGGCAGCAGCCAGGCUGUCAAGCUAUGGAGCACUGCCACGUGGCAGGAGGCCACCACUCUCGACCUGCCAGCUGGACCCGCAGCGCCGGCCACUGCGGGCGGCAGCAACAGCAGCAGCAGCACAACCUUGGCCGGGCGGUUUGUUUUGUCUGUAGCGUGGAGCGUUGACGGCAAGAGGCUGGCAUGUAGCAGCAUGGACGGCACUGUAGCGAUCUUUGACACGUCAGCAUCGCCCUUCCGGUUCCUGCAUUUCCUGGAAGGUCACCACCUGCCUGUUCGCUCCCUCGCCUUCUCACCCAUCGACCCGCGCAUUCUCGUCACUGCGAGUGAUGACCGCCACACACAUGUGUACGACGUGGAGGGAAGGCAGCUCAUAGCAGCGCUCUCAGGUCACACCAGCUGGGUGCUCAGCGCGGAUUGCAGCCCAGAUGGUGCCACCAUCGCCACAGCACCUCACACACAGCACCUCACAGCAGCGCUCUCAGGCCACACCAGCUGGGUGCUCUCUGCUGCUGACUGCAGCCCUGUCGGUGCUACCAUCUGCACAGAUGCUCCAGCGAUCAAACAGCUCCAGCGAUCAAACAGUGAGCAUGUGGACAUGCAGCAAGGGACAGCCCUGCAGGUAGCCAGGGAGAACAAGGACCACCAGGUGUGGGGCUCCAGUGACCGAACAGUAGCGCUGUGGGACAUGCGGCAGAGGACAGCGCUGCACGUAGCGAAGGAUCACAAGGAUCAUGCUCCAGUGAUCGAACAACCGCCCCCUCCAAGUCGCCCCAUUCUCCCGCUCAUGGCGCACGCACCCGUGCUAGCGGCUCAAGCGCGUAUAUCGGCGGCCCGACUGCCCGUGUCGGCGGCGGCGCACGCCCCUUUGUCGGCGCAAGCCGCCGCGCUGCUGUUCUCCUCGUUCUCCAUCGCCGCGCGCGCGCUGAUUGGCUGGUUUCAUCUCCUCCUCUCCGCGUUUCUCCUCCAUGUGGCAUCAAUCGCCGCGUCCGCCGCGUCGCUCUGCAUCUCCCCGCUCUCGUCCCUCCUCCACGUGGCAAACACAAAUGCGGUAUCGCCUUUCGACGCCUGUAACGGAUCACCUCACGAUCCUCUCCUUAGCGCGGAUGCCGCUGCCGCCGGCGGUCGCAACGAGACACAAAAGGACAAUGGACGAUCAUGCAACGCCAUUGGUCAGCAGUCCCCCUCGCUGUUGCUGUACGGCGGCCACGUGGCGCACCAUAGGAGCCACCCGACGCGGCACGGCUUUAACUACGCGGUGCGCUACGCGCUGGUGAACCUCGACGCGCCUCCUGAUUGGUUCUCGCGGUCGUCCGCGCGGCACCACAUGUCGGCCGACGAGGCCCGCUCGUUCGCGGGAACGGAUGGACCAAUGUGA